CAUGGCCUCAAUUGCUUCAUGUUUGUAUAUAUAAAAGGAGAAUUUCUUCCUCACAAUAUUUUUGUACUUUUCCUUUAUGGUUAUUCACAAACAUACAUAUAAUCUAACGUAGUUUUAAUUUCUUCUCUUAAUCUAAUAGAUGGAGAGGGGUGGUUGUGCUUCUUCAAGAAAGCAAAGGCAAAACCGACAAGACAAACCCUACAGAGGAAUAAGGAUGAGAAAGUGGGGAAAGUGGGUGGCUGAGAUUAGAGAGCCAAACAAAAGGUCAAGAAUUUGGCUUGGUUCUUAUUCUUCUCCAGUGGCCGCCGCCCGCGCCUACGACACCGCCGUGUUCUACCUCCGUGGCCCGACCGCCAAGCUUAACUUCCCUGAAUCCAUAGUGAAAGAAGAUGAUCAGCCUCAUGAUUUGUCCGCUGCUUUCAUUAGAAAGAAGGCUACUGCUGUUGGUGCUAGAGUUGAUGCAGCUCUUCAUGCAUCCACAGCUGAAUCCAAUUCAAUCGGAUUUUUCGAAAAACCCGACUUGAAUGAACAUCCAAGUCCUGAGAGUUCUGAGGAUAAUUGACCACAGAAAUAGAAGGGAUUUUAGGGUUUUCUGUUGAAGUAUAUUCUAAAUAAAGGAUUAUUUGUUGGUAUUCAGUUUCUUAAUAUGAAUAUUUAGUGUUAUUGAGCUCA